CCGUCCCCGGCUCUCCCACGCCCCGCAGCUCCUCGGCGGGAGGUUUGAAGACCCGGGCCCAGGCAGAGGCUCCGGCGGCAGCCGCCGGCCUCCCGCUCCACGCUGCGGGGCUCCCUGUACCGGGUCCCCGGGCGCUACGUUGGAGGAGGGCGCGGAGUAGCGACGCCGCGGCCCUGAAGCGGCAGUGCGGCGGACGGGCAGACGGACGGACCGACUCCAGCCAGGGCGGCCAGCUUCCGGGGCUUUGCCGUGUGUCACGGAGGCGCCUGCAGCACGCGGAGAGGGAAGGGAGGACCCCGGAGGAGCCCCUUCCGGACACGCGCCGGGUCCUGACCCGCCGAGCUCCCCCCGCCACCCCCGGGGGGCGCGGCCUGCGCACGCACGCGCGCGCGCGCCUCUCCGCGCCCUCCUGCCCGCGCACGCUCGCUCCGUCCCGCCGCGCCGCGCCGCGCCGGGUCGGGUCAUGGAGUCCUCCGGAGGCGUUGGGGGCGCCUUCCUGAAAGAUAUUGUGGCCUAUGUUGAAGUAUGGUCUUCCAACGGAACAGAGAAUUACUCAAAGACAUUUACCAAACAACUUGAGGAUAUGGGGGCAAAGGUUUCAAAAACUUUCAACAAGCAAGUGACCCAUGUGAUCUUCAAAGAUGGAUAUCAGAGCACCUGGGACAAAGCCCAGAAGACAGGGGCAAAGCUGGUUUCCGUCCUCUGGGUUGAAAAAUGCAGGAUGGCUGGAGCACAUGUCGAUGAAUCUUUGUUCCCUGCAGUGAAUACGAAUGAACAUUUACCAAGCCUAAUUAGAAAAAAACACAAGUGUAUGCAGCCCAAAGAUUUUAUUCCUAAAACACCAGAAAAUGACAAAAGACUUCAAAAGAAAUUUGAGAAAAUGGCUGAAGAGCUACAGAGGCAGAAGACAACACUUGUUGAUGGUGUCCCUGUCCUCCUGUUUGAGUCUCCCUGCUCAGUGGUAUAUAGCCCCACGGUUCCCAUUAGGAGUCACCAGAACAUGAUGGAGAGGAGACUACAAGAGAUGAAGGAGAAAAGGGAAAACCUUUCCCCUACCUCUUCCCAGAUGUUUGAACAGUCUCAACAGAAUCCAAAUAUCGCUCUGUGUGAAGCAUCUUUGAACAUUUCUCGUGAAUCUUUAAGUUCAGAUGAAUCCUUUGCCAAUUUUUCACACUCAUCUUUUGAUGGUCUCUGUGGAAAUCAGGAAAGGAAACCAGGAAGAUCUGCUAAUGAGAUGGCCAGCAAGGCAUGCCUUUCCUCACCUGUGUUGAAAUCAAGCGGUUCUUAUGAGUCAGCAUUGCCCAACCACCUCUCUAAGCCAAAUCCUCCGAAAGCUGCAGACAGUCCUCCACAGGAGAGUGUCAGCUGGCAGAAGGAGGCUGCGGCUGAGAAAGCUGACCCGGAGAGAAAGCAGGCUGCAGCUGUGUCCGGGACACCUGACGAGAAGCACUGUCUGUCUCCUGCAGCGUCUGCCAUAGAUGAACACUUGGUACGUUUGGGACCCAAGAGUUCCUCGGCAAAGAGAAAAAGGCCAGCAGACUUGGGGUCACCUCCAAAAGGAAAGAAGAGGUACAGUAGGAAGUCUGCCCUGCCGCUACAGCUGUUCCGGUCUGACCAUGAUCUGCAGUCCACGGCCGGCCCCAUCCCGGGAACUCCUGAUGCUGGGGCUUCCUCUUAUGAGGACUACUUUUCCCCUGAUAAUCUCAAAGAAAGGAAUUUGGAGAGACUUCCUCCUGAGGCUCAGCCACUAGCAAGCCCUUCUCUGUUGCGCUCUAAAGGUCUCUCAAAGUGGGAGCGAAGAAACAUCCUGGAAAUGUGUGAUUUUACCAGCAUUGGUAAAAAUCCCAGAUCCAUCAGCAUUACUGACUUCAUGUCAAAAGGUACUUCUAGUCUGGAGAAACCUGACAAGAAAGUGAGUACAGUUCCUAGGUGCAUUUUGGUGGGAACAUCUGCUGAAGAAAACCCAAAGCACUGCAGGCAGCCUGGCCCUCAGCUGAGGGAGGACACAGGCCCACAGGGAAGCACCCGUGCUAACACCCAGAACAGCCCUGCUCGCGGUGCCAUACCCUUGAAAGGAGGGACUGAGGAAGCAAGAGACCCAGCUGAUGUAAAAGGCUCCCCGAAAGACAGUACCAGUUCGCCAACUUCGGCCUCUUCUGAAGGAGAAGCACACAGCUUCAGUUUGGGAGAGGAUUGUAAUGUAGAAAAAUCUGUAGAAGAAAAGGAGAACAUAUCCACAGCAUAUAGUGAAAGUGUUAAAAAUGGACCAGUGAAGCCUGAAACUUCAGACAGCUCUUGCACAGGCCUUGUCAGACCUCGACAGAAAGCAAAGAAAUGUGACAAAGGACAGAAGCCAAUGAGAACAUUAGUCAUGACAAGCAUGCCAUCUGAGAAGCAGAAUCUCAUCAUCCAGGUGGUGAACACACUGAAAGGCUUUUCAUUCUCACCUGAGGUCUGCGAGUCCACCACCCACGUGCUGGUGGGGAAGUCUGUCCGCACCCUGAACGUGCUGAUGGGGAUUGCAAGAGGAUGCUGGAUUCUUUCUUACGAAUGGGUGCUGUGGUCUUUAGAGUGGGGUCACUGGAUUUCUGAGGAGCCUUUUGAACUCUCUGAAUCUUUCCCUGCAGCUCCGGUCUGCAGACUGGAACGCCAGUUAUCUACCCGGCGAUACCAAGGAACCCUCUUUGCCAACCAGCCGAAGAUGUUCAUUGUACCAGCCAGCAGCCCCCCAAGAGCCAAGCUGUGUGAACUGGUACUCCUGUGUGGUGGCCAAGUCAGCCCAGCCCCUCAGCUGGCCAGCCUCAUCAUUGGUCCCUACUGUGGCAAGAAGGAAGCAAGAAUCCAGUACCUGUCAGAGAAAUGGGUCUUAGAUUCCAUCACCCAACACAAAGUCUGUGACUUUGACAACUACCAAUUGCUACAGUGAGAGACAAUGGCUGCUGUCCUCAACACUCAAGAAAAACAGCCAUGGAAAGAAGGAACCAGUGUACAGCUUAAGGCUUGAUGUCGCACAUUACCUCGUGUGCUGUUGUUUUUAUCUUCAGUGGGGUGUGUAGGUGUGUGUGUGUGUGUGUGUGUGUGUGUGUGUGUGUGUGUGUGUGUUGCUGGAGAUUAAAUCCAGGGCUAGCUAAGCAGGCACUCUACCACUGAGCUACAUCUCCAGCUUUUAUCUUCAAAACUCUUUUAUGUAAUUUAUUCAUGACUCAUAUUGUAUUUCACAGAAAUCUUGGCCAGCACCAAUUGGGCUUUUUAUACAAUACUAAUAAUGACCAUGAUGAAAAGGUCACAGAACUUUUGUCUUCAAGAUACUUUACUCCCAAUUACAGAAUGGAAAUUGAUUUAAAUUGUUUUAGUCCUAAACAAUCAAGCAAACCCCUAACUUUCUUGGCUUGGACUCUGAGAGCUUUGUUAAUAUGCUCUGUCUAGAUAGGAAGGUCAACCAUGCAUUGUUAAGAUUACACUUAUGUCUCUGAGAUGCUUCUCAGAGCAGUUAAGGAAGAUGGGUCUGAAAGUUUUGUACAGUGACUGUGUCUGCCUUCUGAAUGGCUAUCAUUCAGCCUCAAAUGGCUACCGCAAGGUUCUCUAUGCAAAGUCAGCUGCUAGGACUGAAUUAUGUCUGGGUUGUCCAACCCAUGGCCCAUGUGUCAUAUUUGUCAAAGGAUAACUAUGAAUGUGGCUAAUACAAAAUUAUAAACUUACUUAAAAGUAUUAUAAGGGGUGUGUGUGUGUGUGUGUGUGUGUGUGUGUGUGUGUGUGUGUGUGUUGAGAGGUAACUCAAUUGCACAGUUCUUGUGAGUGAACUUUGUAGAUGACCACAUUGCAUUACAAUGUGAAAAGCCUGGAUAUACCAUCAGGUUGGUAACUCUUCAUUGUGUUGACACAGGGUCUCUCUAUAGCCCAGACUGGCCUGGAGCUUGCAGACCUCCUGUCCACAUCCCAAGUGUUGGGUUAUAAUCAUGUGACACCACAUUCUCAUGCUGCUCCGGCACCUAACAGAGGUACUGAGUCUCAGGGAGCUUGAAGGUAUCACUCAGCUCAUUGCGGUUUUCUGUAAUGUGAUUGGUUGCUCAUGUCAGCUGCUGUUUCCAACUCAGUAAAUCUAACUCCACUUCCAAAACCUUGUCAUUUUAGUGAUAAGCAGUUGAAUCAUACAAUAUGUGACUUUGUGGCAUUGGCCUUUUCACCAUGUAAUUAAUGCUCUGAUGAUUCAUUCAUGUCAUGUGUGGCAGCAGACAAUUCCUUUUUGUUGCCAAACAGUAUUCUGUGGCAUGGCUGUUCUACAGCUUUGUUAUUCAUCCCCUGAAUAAAGUGAAGGAAUGAAGCCCAGUGGGAAUGGCCUCUGAAAUUUAAAGCAAUUUGUGGUGUCAUGUGUACUGGAUGAUCCAGCAGUCCAGGCUCCUUGGAAGGAGCAGAUCAAAUGAGAGUGAGAGAGACCCCAUUUAUCUUUGGCCCCUCUUCUAUAAUCUGAAUGACUCUGUUUUCCCUCACAAAUCAUGGCUGGAAACCACCACUCCCAAAUGGUGUUAGGAGGUUUUAGAGAGGUGACCAAAUCAUGGAGCCCUGGAAGGAGACUCAGGGUAAGCUCUUUGCUUCUUCCACGACAUGAGGAUACACCAAAAAUGACUUAUUCAAACCAUACCCUAAGUUACUCAUGCACCAUGGACUUUGGAGUCUCCCAGUUCUGUUGGUCAUUUGUAAAGUACCAGCACCAAGUCUGUACCACACCCAGGCCUUGAGCAGGACACAGCAGCAUCUUGAGAAGCAAAGGAAGACAAAGAAGUUGACUGCGAGAAGUUAGGAUGGAGGUCAGAGCAAGACCAAAGGGAAGCAUGUGUGAAUCUGUCAGCAGCCAGGUCUCGGUGCACCAUUCUGUACUGUCCUGUUCCCUUAGGUCAGCAUCAAGAGCAAGUUGCUGUCCUCUCUUUCUUCGCAUGUGCAAAGCCAUUAACCUGUUUGCAUACAGCAAGUGGUAACUCCUUGCUUCCUUCUGUGACCUGAUGCAGACCUGGGUAAUUCAAUCCUUGUUGACCGACUUCAGUCCUUCACUCAACUCCCACUCCCUGGAGCUCAUGAUUACUGAAAUCUCACCCUCCAAACAUGUAGUUGACCUUUCAGGUGACCAACCCCAACCAGAAGCUAUCUAGAGGAGGGCCAUCAUGAGGAGGUUCUCCAGCAUGACUUCAGGAUUCCUCAGAUUGAUUUUCUCCACAGUGAAUGUAUUAAACUGGUUAAAUCACCACUAACUCCUUUGUGCCAUGAUUCCUAAUGUUAAUGGUUGAAUUGGGUAGAUUUUCAUUUUUUUCUUAACAAUCCUUUGAGAUUCUGCAAUUCAAGUUACUUUCUUGCAUCAGAAUAAAUGUAAAAACCCAAAGACAAGCAUCUCCUAUGUGUCACAAUAAAUAUAAAAGCCUGAAA